AACACCAAAGGAUUCACCAUCGCCAGGUAUUGCGCCUGGCCUAGCGCACCAGCCGCAAGGCUGGGCCCUAGAAAUAUCGCCCUCCACUUGACUCUAGACUCCCUACUCUCUCUCAUCAACAACCUCCUCCCACCACCACGCAAACUCUUAUAUCCCAACGCGCAUCUCUCAUUUUCUGGAUCUGAUAUCGCAGAUAAUAUUCUCUCCUCUGUGUUGAUACAGGAUCCGACAUUAAACGUUCUCGCGAUAGAUAGAGCUGUGCCCCGCUAUUGACCGACCCCGCCAUCAAAUCCAUCGACUUAACAAUUUCCUCCACCAAACAAGCAUCAAACGAACAUCGAGGAAGUCGUUUGCUCAACGCCAUGAUGACUGGAUCUGGUGAUCAGACUCCAACGACAAACAAAGAUGGCCGUUCAACAACGUUAAAAUCAUUGGGUCACGAUAUUGCGAUCAUACACUCCAUGUCCAUGCCAUCUAAGCCCAUCUCAAUCAUGGAUAAGAAUGAGCUUGGUGAGCAUAUUAUCUAUCGAAACGCCGUGAUAGCUGAUGCUAAUGCAACUACAGUAAACCGCCUCUCAUCCAUCCACUCUGAAAUCGGCAGUAAUUCAUCAAGUAGCACGUCGAGUGGUAGCACGACUCCUAGCCCGCCCGUUGACUCCCUUAUCCUUGAACUAAGUUCUGCCAAAGAUGAUACUGGAAUCGACGACGAUGACGACGAUGCUGCAAGUGACGCUGGAUCCACCUGUUCUUCGACCUACGAAUUUUCACAGGAAUCCUUUGACACAUUCAAGGAUAAAGUCAUCCAGCUUUGUCACGACAUUGGCUAUGGAGAACCUUCCCUAGUCGAUCGCAGGGAAGGAGGCAGCUUCAACCGAAUCAUUGGCUUGAUCUUUGGUUCUGAGAAGCAUUCGAAUUGCAUUUUACGAAUCCCCCGGUUUCCCAAGGAUGAUAACUGCGUGAACGAUAUCAUCGACGAAGUCUCCAUUCUCCAGUACAUCAAGGGUCUCAACAUAGUUCAAGUUCCAUCAGUUCUAGCCUAUGACUUCACCACGAACAAUGCCCUCGAAAGCCAAUAUGUUCUCCAAGAACAAAUUCCUGGAAAACAGAUUCAGGAGGUUUUCUAUAAGCUUCCCAUAUGCGAGAAACUUCAGAUCACAACCCAAGUUGCUGAAAUCAUCACCAAACUGGAAGCAACUGUUUUGGAAAAGCCCGGACGUUUAAUUGGUAAGCGAGAUCUUCCCCUUGUCUCGACCGCGCAUGCCGCUUCUGAUGGGGAUAUUGUCAUCACCGGUUAUCGAAAGAAUGGCAUUUCAGAUCUACCCAUGGUUUCUCGGCAACCCAUAGUACGAUACAUAUGCGAACUUUUGGAACAUCACAAGAAUGGUUGGGAUGGGUACUCUGAUGUUGUAGAAAUGCUAGACGAGCUCCAGACCGUGGCAAAACAAAUGGCUAAGGCUGGUCUAAUCCGCAUUUAUGACGAUGAAAAUGUUCUUUGGCACUGGGAUAUCAAUUCUAGAAAUAUUUUGAUUCAGCCCAAGACCGGAACCACCGAGGGCUCGUCGGUGGAGUGGGAAAUCACCGGUGUGUUGGAUUGGGAUGAUGCAAAGUCGGUUCCGUUGGUAAUUGCGAGAAAACCUCCUUCUUGGAUCUGGUUUGAUGAAGAAAUUCGAACUCGGCAAUGGACGGGUGAUAGAGACACCAAACCGGAACGAGAUCUUACUGAUGAUGAGCUGCUUAUCAAGGCGAAGUUUGAUCAGAUCAUGACAAAGAACUCACCAUCUUACAUGGAGGAUGCUUAUCGCCGUGGUCCAUGGUUGCGGAGAUUGGCUUACUUUGCCUUCCAUGGGUUCAAGGUCGCAUGGGACUGGGAUAAACAAAAGAAAUUUGUGGAGCAAUGGAAUGAGUUUUAUGAGUCGUUGAAUUUGCCAGAAUCCGACGAUGAAGAGGGCUCGGAGGAUGGAUCACAGGAUGGAUCGGAGGAUAGCGGGAAUGAGGGGUCGAAGGAUGACGAGGGUGACCAGAAUAAGGAUGAUGGAGACGAUGGCGAUGAUGAUGUAGAUGAUGAUGGAGAUGACGUAGAGGUGGUUGGUAAUUGCGCGUGAGUUGGUAUCAGAGUUAUGGAUUUUCAUGCAUGAUGGGUUGCUAGAGUAAUUCUUUGGACUCCAUGACGUAAAUUAUCUAGAUAUACAUAAACACACAAGAAUAA